AAUGGUAGAAGAGUUAAAACAAAAAGAACCUAGAAAUAAGACGCUGGUAGAGUGGGAUGGGACGAAGGCUCUUACAGUAACUGAUGUAGAAAAAUUCUUUACUAGUGUCCCGGAUGCAGACAUCAGUGAAAAGAGCUUACACGGAAAGCAGAUUUAUAAAAGAAAGAAUGACGAUGAAUUAGAUGAUGUUAAUCCAAGCAAGAAACCUAAAGUAGAAAAUCUACAACAAAUCAGCUAA